CAACGUUGCCUGACAUCGCGAGAAAUAUGGGCUAGCCUGGAUCGCUGGCCCCGUAGCAUAGCGCGACCAGGCAUUUCUGCUCACGGCACUGCCUGCACUGCUGGCAACUCGGCAAAAUUAAUGAAAUGAGGGGGGCACAGAGUGGCCGCCACUCACGCGGGUACCACCAGGCGGCUGGAUGGGGUUGUGGCGCGACACAUGGCUCAUUGAACUUCGGGCUUGACAAAAUAGGUCGCGACUUAGCGAACAUGCGCAUAUGCGUGUGGGGGCGUGGAUGCUUUCCCCCUUGACAGAGGUGGAGAGGCGGCAGGGUUCGCACUAACCCAGGUUGCGAGUGUGGAAGGUGCGGGUACGUAAUUGUCAGACCAGUAGGCAGUCGGACAGAGGCGGUCAGACUGGGAGGCAGAUUACGUAAGUAGCAACGUUGCACGAGUGGUCUGUUACGUAAUUGACAACGUUGCACAUGGAUUCUAGAUCCGUGUACGACCAAUGGGGGUCGCCCCUGAGUAUUUAAGCGGCUGACCGCUUGUUGCUUAGGCAUAGAACCGGGUGUUAGCCUGAAGAACCAUACCAGGCAACCUUUCCCAGGUCGAACGGUAGUGCCGAGUGGACAGAUCUUCCCACUUCGGGCACAAGUGUAAACCACAAUUGAU